AUGUCUUUUAAAAGAUCCAGCAGUAGUAAAUUAAUUACCUUGUCAGAAGAUGUAAGAGCCAGAGCAUUUAUUAAAAAACAAAAGAGAAAUUAUACUAAUCCAAUUAGUUCAGAAACAGGUAUUUCAAACUGCAUGGUUAAAAUUGCUGUAUCAAUGUACUGUUGUUUAGCGCCUAUGUAUUUAAAUAAUCCCAUCGAGGGAAUAAAAAAACAGCAUUUAGACAACAUGAUUAUGAAGUACAACAACGAUGUCAAUGGUAUUAUACUUGGUUAUGAAAACUUGAAAUUCAUUCGCAAUGAAGACGACAAAGAAAAUGAGCAAUUAUUUAAAGUUACUCCAGAUACUCCAUUUUCCUUUAUUUGGUGUAGCGUUGAUUUCAUAGCUUGGACACCACAAAUUGGUGAUAUAAUUGAAGGAUGGAUUUUCAUUCAAUCUGCAUCUCAUAUUGGUAUAUUAAUCCACGAUGCAUUUAACGCUAGUGUAAAAAAAAAUAAUAUUCCAGAAUCAUGGACAUUUGUUCAUAAUGAAGACUACGUUAAUAAUGGGGAAAAUUCUAGUAACAAUCAAUCUAAUUCCUUGGGUUAUUGGGUCGAUGAAAAUGGCCAACAAUUAGAUGGAAAAAUUAAAUUUGCCAUUAGAAAUAUUUUUACCACUGGUAAGUUGAUUUCACUGGAUGGUACGCUGUUAACUUUAUACGGGGAUGGAAGCAAAAGUAGCGAUAUUAAUAUUAAUGCGAAUACAGGAAAUGAUAAAACAAUGGAUAACCAAAAAAAUAUGAGUGCACAAAAUUUACCGGUAGUUUCUAAUAAGAAAAUAGUAUUUGAUGAUGAAGUGUCUACAGAAAAUAGAGAAAGUCACAAGGAACUAGAUUUACCAAAAAUAGAAAAAGAAAAUGGCGAAGAGGUUGUUUAUGAGGAUAAUGCCAGUAGCAGUGAUAACGAUAGUGAUAAGACUAGCAGUGAUAGUAGUAGUGAUGAAGAAAGUUCAUCUAAUGAAUAA